ACUCACCUUAGCCGUCCGCCGGACCUCAACCUAUUCCGUUUAUUUUUUACACAUACCUUCCACAGCCAACUGUUCCAUUCGCAAUUCAAGCUCCCUUGGUCAAGCUUCCAUCCUCCGACUCAAGCACCAUGCUCAAGCUCUCCAAACUCCUCCAGCAAAGAGGUUUUCACAUCACCUUUGUCAACACUGAGUUCAACCACAAACGCCUCCUCAAAUCUCGGGGCCCCGACUCCCUCAACGGGCUCUCUUCCUUCCGGUUCGAAACCAUACCCGAUGGGCUCCCCGAGUCCGAUGCCGAUGCAACCCACGACAUCCCACUUCACACCUCCGACUACAUCGAUUCCGACGACGAAGACCUCUUCAAUUCCAUCCUCGAUCGCAUCUCUACCCAAGCUCGACAGCCCAAGCAUUUGUCCCAUACCUCCAAAUCCUUCAUCAAUUCACUUCCAAUCUUGAAAAUCACCGGGUCCCUAUUAUCCAAAUCUUGCUCAAUUUGCAAGGAUGAGUUUGAGAAAAAUGAUCAAGUCAAUCCAUUGCCUUGUGAUCAUGUUUUUCAUCACAAUUGCAUCCUUCCGUGGCUCAAUCGCAGCAAUUCGUGUCCCUUGUGUCGGUACAAGUUGCCCAUGGAGAGGAGACCGAAGCCCUUGAUGCUGUAUGUGGUGAGGUUGGGGCAUUUGUAUGUGGAAGGAUGGGGUGAAGACCAUGAAAGUGGGUUUCGUGACGCCGUGCUGAGGAAUGGACUGUUUGCUGUGUUGACUCAGCAGCAGUCUUCAUCUUCCUUCACCGCAACGCGAAUGGGGAGAGCA